AAUGGCUAACUAAACUGAAUAACAAAUCAAUAUAUCAAUCUCAGAAAACCUGAACGGUCUUGAUAAUCAAUUACCCAUCUUGUCCUUCCUGAAGAGACCAAAAAAUACUAAUCCUAAAAAAUCACUGAAUAGUAAACAAUAUGAAUAAUAAGUAAUCAUUUAUUAUAAUUUAGAACUGUGAAUAUCAAAUCGAAGUGAUUAACCACAAAAUUGUAGAAAAACAAUUCACUAUCUAUUAAAUUAAAGUGACUUAUGGAUCACUUUAUUGGAUAUUUUAAACCAGAUAUAGUCUUCUAGAAGGACUCCAUUCAAAAUUAAAUAAAGAUGUGAUCCAUAGACUUACCAAAUUCCCUGAAAAACGACUCUUUGGUAACAUGGAUCAGAACUUUGUUUUAAAAAGAAAAAUUGAAAUCAAUUAAUACCUCAAAGUACGCACUAUUUUAAUUUUAGAGCUUAAUUCAAUAUGGAAAGAAUGAAAAGCCUGUUAAGGACUUUAUUAAGUAAUCUUAAAAAGCCGCCAUAGAAAUCAACGAUCCGUGUGAACUGAAACAUUUUAAAUUAGACUUAUGAAGU